AACAAAUUUUUUUUUUGUAGCAAAAAGACUUAUUCUUUAUAGGAAACAAACAAAAAAAGAAAAAGAAAAAAAAAAAAGAAAGAAAUAAACGUAUGCUUGUCAGUAACUACUUUUUUUUUUCCUGAAUGAAGAUCUAAAUAGAAGCCGAUUUUUACCAUCUCGACCACAGAAUUUAAAUUUAUACAUAUAUAUUUUUUUAUGCAAAACAUGUCUUCACCACCACCACCAACGAAUGAUAACCCUAUUGAUUUAUGCCAGCCAACACACAUACACCAACAACAAGUAGAAGCAUUUUUAUCUCAGUGUGGUCUAUUUCAAUAUGUUGACAUCUUUAUGGAAGAAGGGUUUGACAGACUAGAAUCUCUGCUAGAAAUCACAGAAUCAGAUUUAAUACAGAUGCAAGUCAAACGAGGGCAUCGUAGACUCCUCCAAAGAGCCAUAGCAAAUGCGAAAGGAAUAUCGCCUCAUAUUCCAUUAAAUAUCACACCUAUCUUGAACAAUAAGGAUCUAACAGACUAUGCUCCACAACCAUUUCAACCACCCCAACCACCCACACAACAACAUCAGAUGCAUCAACCAGCACCACCACCACCAGCCCAACCUCCCCCUGGUCAACGCCUUCAUGUCACUAACCCAUCUUUUCCUGCACCCAGUACAUCCAUUCAAUCCAAACCCACCAACGACAUCCACAUGUCAACUUCUUCUCACCUCAACACCUCUUCUCCAUCUUCUGCAGCCUCCUACAUACCAAAUGACUAUUCUCCAUCGGCAGGCACGAUGAUCCAUAACACAGCCAGUGGCAUGUCUUCUACAGAAGAAGAAGCAGUAACCAGUGAUAAUGUCCAUCGAUUAUGGAAACGCAAGUAUCAUCGCCAUGCUAAACCAGACAUAAACGCACCUUUAAAACCACCUUCUGCUUAUGUGAUGUUCUCGAAUGAUGUACGAGCAGAACUGAAGCAACAAAACAAGUCGUUUACUGAUCUAGCCAAGAUCAUUGGUGAUCGAUGGAAGAAUAUCACCCCAGCAGAAAAAGAAAUGUAUGAGACCAUUGCGUUGAAAGCAAGGGAAGAGUAUUUAAAGAAAGUAGAAGAAUAUCAAAAGACAGACGCUUUUAAGAAAUACCAACAGUAUAUUUCUGAUUUUAAGGCUGAGAAUGAAGCAGCAGCACGCCCAGUGGGUAGACCAAGAAAGAGGCAUAGAAGAGAUGAAUAUGGAAGUGAUGGUACUGUAAGUGAUUCAGCAAGACCGCGAAGAACAUCCUCGAUAUGUUCUCAAACAGAAGAAGCUAUCAAAAACACUACCCAUUUUACUUGUUAAAUAAUGAAGAAGCCUCCAAUCGAAAUUCACCA